AUGCCAGGCUUAUUUGGAUUUAUCUUCGUCCCAAUGAGGCAUCCUUAUAAAUCCAAGCUCGGCUCAAUAAUUAACAGGCCAAAAUCCAAAACUGACCCCUAUCUUAAAAAUGAGAGCCCAAAUUAG